AUGGCUUCAAUUGAGCAAGAUGACCUAUUCAAUGCUGAAGAUGAUGAUAUGGAAGAUGAAUAUCAAGACAAUGAAAACAGCCAAGAUUACGACAUGGAGCCCGAGGAUAAUCAGUUAGACAACGACAAUGAUGAUCAAGAGGAAGACGAUAUGAUUGAGGGCGGAGAAGACGAUGAAAUGGAAGAAGAAGAUGAUGAAGAAGAUGAGGAAGAGGGGGAAGGCAGCGAAGAAGGGGAUGAAGAGGAUGGAGAUGAGGAUGUGGAGGGUGAGGAAGAGGGGGAAGAAGUAGUGGGCGAGGUCGAUGCCGGGGCAAAUGCCGAGGCUAUAGCUGAUGACAAAGAAGAUGAGAUUGUUGCCAGAUCGCCUAUUGAUGAAGAUAAACCACUCGCGGAGCAGACAGAGAAACUAAUACAGAACUCUCCUCAAAACGAUAAAGUGGAUGCCCUAGAAUAUGAAACUAAUGCGAUAGAAGCGCCCUCAGAUACAGCUCAGGAGAACACGCCAUCGAAACCAUCACAAGACACACAAAUGGAUUCAGAAUCCCCUAAAUCACUAUCCACCGAACCGACAAGAGAAGAGCUAGUCAAGGACAUUGAAGAAUCAGAAACUAGUUUGCCAUUUCGUGAACAAAUCAUCGCUAAAGCUCGAAAAGCCACCGAUUUUGACAUUAUUCCUCAAGUUGCCAUACCAUAUACAUCUCAAUGUCAUGCAUUAGCAUUUACUCAAGGUCCUAAAUGGAUCCUUACUGGUGGUGAAGAUGGAUUUAUAAGGAAAUAUGAUUUCAUACAGUCAGUUGAAGGGAAAGCACCAUUGACAAUGGCACAAAAGCAUAACCUAACUGACUCAUUAUCCAAUGGUGGUGUUAUAUGUUCAUAUUGGGAGAACGAACAACCACUAACUCGCAAACAAUUGAUGAAGCAAAAUCCAAAACUAAAAGAUUCAGAUUUUUCAACUGGUAGUGUAUCGUACGAACCAAAAGUGAAUCCCGUGUACGCUUUGGAAGCUGAGCGGAAUGGCUUGUGGUGUUUAUCAGGAUUGCUUUCAGGAGGCAUAAGUCUCUACACAAUGAGAUAUAACGAAGGUACAAUUCACCACUAUUUCAACCAUGGAACUUCUCAAUAUCGACGAAGGGGUCAUACCGAUGCUGUCAGUGCCCUAAGAUUGAAUCAAGAGCAGGAUAGAUUUCUUAGUGGAUCAUGGGACAAGACGAUUAGAGAAUGGGAUUUGAAUACAGGAAAGACAACAAUUGAAUUCUUGCCUUCGUCAGGACAAAUUUCAAACAUACAGUAUCGACCUAAUGGGUUGGAAGAUGUGAGAUUUACAAUCAUUGAUGACUCGGGGGACGUAUCCAAUGAGAGCAAUAAAGCAAAUGAUGAUGAUGAUGUCGAUUCGUUAUUUGGUGACAGUGAUCAAGAAGAGAAACAACAAGAGGAUGAUCUUCCAACACGAGACCAAGACGCAAAGUCCUCACCAAAGGAAGCGCAAUCAAAAUUACACACAAACUCAAAUAUAUUUAUGAGUUCAAGUAGCGAUGGAACAAUAAAUAUAUGGGAUAUUCGAUUAAACCAACCAGUCAUACGAUUAGGCGUUUCAGAAGGGACUCCACCAUGGUGUAUGUCACUGACAUGGUCUAAUGAUGGAGAUUUCAUAUAUGCUGGACGACGUAACGCAACAAUCGAAGAAUUGUCAAUCAAAAUGCCACACAAGAGAUCCAAGUCGGGACAUCACAAAGACACCAUGAUCCCCAAUGUAUCGAAAUUGUUGCAGUUUCCUAAGAUCAGUGGUCCCGUUAGCGCACUAAGCACAAUGCCCAAUAAGGAUUUCUUGCUUUGUGGAUCAAAUGAUAAUAUACGGUUAUACAAUUUACGUCUUUAUGAUGAUUUGAAUAAUAUGGAGGUGAAUUUGAAGAAACAAGCGACCCCAUUCUUAAUUGUUCCUGGACAUCAUGGGGGUAUGUUGUCGCACUUGUAUGUUGAUGAAACUGGUAGGUUUAUGGUUAGUGCUAGUGGGUAUAGAGGUUGGGGUCACGGACAGUAUACUGAUACAGUGUUGAUUUAUGAAAUAGACUUUGAGUAG